UCCUGAUGAUGUUGCAGUGUGUAGGCUAGGAUGAUGACCCUCCUGAUCUUGCUGUGGCUGCUGCAAUAAAAAUGUUCCUGUGUGGCCAGGUUCCUUUGCAGAAGCCGCUUAAUCUACAGAGAAGGGUGUUUCGUUUUUCUGAUUGAAAACACAGCUGCAGGCUUUCCUGCUAUUCUGAGAAACACAUGAAAGCCUUGCCAGAGAAAAGGAGGGGAGAUACUGACAGUACUCCUGGUAUGAUUUCUACACAGAACCACUUGAUUCCUGAUGCAGUCCAAAGCGUAAUGGAAAAGGAAGAACUUGAAGAAAAUUCUGAACUUGAAGAAAGCAACUGUUCUAUAAUAUCUGAAUCAGGACCACGUGUGUUCAAAAUAUUGCAGAAAUGGGUUCCAAAGGCGUCUUAUUACUUUGACAAAGAACAUUACUGUUAUGCUGGCCACCAGAUCACCAUUCAUGAGUCCAUUGAAAGCCUCGGGGCUGUAGUAUGGCCUGGUGCUCUUGCUUUGUGUCAGUAUCUGGAAUCAAACCAACAAGAAAUCAACAUCAAAGGCAAGAAAGUACUUGAAAUUGGAGCUGGAACAGGUCUGGUGUCCAUUGUAGCAAGUAUAUUAGGUGCUUUUGUUACUGCUACUGACUUGCCUGAGGUACUUCAAAACUUGGAGUACAAUAUUACAAAGAACACACAGAACAUUAAUGUUCACAAGCCUGAAGUAAAAAAGCUGGUUUGGGGAGAGAAUCUCCAUGAAGACUUCCCUAAAUCAACUCGUUAUAAUUUCAUUGUGGCCACAGAUGUUGUGUAUCACCACACAGCUUUGGAUACUCUUCUGGAGACGAUAGGCUACUUGUGUCAACCUGGGACAGUCUUGCUAUGGGCAAACAAAUUCAGGUUCAGCACAGAUUAUGAUUUCUUGGACAAACUCAGCAAUAUAUUCAAUAUCACACAACUGGCAGAAUUUCCAGAGUCAAAUGUCAAAUUGUUCAAGGGAACAAUUCGAGAAAAUUAAUACCUUGGAGAAUGCCAGAAUCUUGAAUCUAUAAUAGCAGAAUAAAAAUCUUGAUUGCAUGGGCAUUUUUAAACAUUUACAACCUCUGGUUUGGAACAUUCAACAGUAUAGAGUUGGAUCAAACAACCAAGCUUUAGGGAGGAGGAAAUGAAGAGCAUUUAAAUGGGUAGUUACCCCACUGAGCAGAUUCUAGCAGUGAAUGCUCCUUCCCUUGGCUCAUGUAAUCUUUUUUCCCCCAGAUGAUCACAAGGGCAUGUGUCCAGUUCUUAACUUUUACAAUGAUAAGCAAAACUGAAUUAUUCUCCUUACCAUUCUUUCAUAAAAUUAAUGGGUUUAAAAUCUCAGACUCUACUGCUGAUAUUCCCUCCAUGCCUGGUUGUUAGAAGAGCACUUUUAAAACAAUAUACAAUGAGUUCUCCUGUAAAUAAAGUAAUCCAUCUUGUUAGUAUGAAUGGGUUACAGAUGAACAAGGUAGAUGGAGUGGAAAAUGCUGCACCUCAGAUUACAAAUUAAGUAUCUUGAAUCUGUGUAAUCCUCUAACAGUUACACAGGUUAAAUUCCUAAUAAUGGGGACAUUUGUAUUUUUUCAGAAUGAAAUCAUCAACCUCUUAUCCAUGGCUGAUAAGGCAUAAGAAAAUAUUUA